AUGAUUCACGCCGUAGAAAAACAGCUUCAAGACUUGUGAAUUGCCUAUUUGAGCUUUUUGGAUCUAGACGUGAUAAUAUUUGGUAUCUUGAGAUAAGAAACUCUAAACACAACCAUGAAGCAUCAAUAGAUAUAUCUGGCUAUCCGAUUGUUCGAAGGUUGAACACUGAGCAAAAAGAUCUGGUUAAGCAAAUGGCUGCUGCUGGUUCCCGUCUUCGUCAAAUUUUAGCAACUAUACAUCAAAAUAAUCCAUCUUCGAUGGUUAUAUUAAAAACAGUCUACAACACAAUGCAAUCUAUCCGUCAAAAAAGGCUUGAUGGUCGAACACCAGUCCAAGCUCUUCUUUACGAAUUACAAGGAUCUGACAUCAAAUUUGAGUAUCAAUAUAACCAACAAAACCAUAUUACAC